UUUGUCCUCGCUAUGGUCUACAUCGCUUUAUGCUGCUUGGUUGGCGGAUGGCUAGAGGUGGCGUGUUGGAUGCAUACGGGCGAGAGACAGAGCGCCAGGGUGCGCCGGCUGUACCUGCAGGCGCUGCUGCGGCAGGAGGUGGCGUUUUUCGACCUCGAGGCGUGCUCGGGGGAGCUGAUCAACCGCGUCUCGUCUGACGUGCUGCUAGUUCAAGAUGCCAUCUCGGAGAAGGUGGGCAACUGCAUUCACUACCUCUCCACGUUCGUCUGCGGCUUCAUAGUCGGCUUCACCAGCGUGUGGCAGCUGGCGCUGGUCAUUCUCGCUGUGUGCCCACUCAUCAUCGCCACAGGAGGGAUCUAUGCGGCUGUGCUCACGGGCCUCAUGACUCAGGGCGAGAAGGCUUAUAACGAAGCAGGGAAGAUUGCAGAGCAGGUGCGCACGUUGUGUGCAAAGGGUGCAAGCGUGGUCUCCACUCCCUCACCACACCCUCUUCUCGUUCUGCAUCUCCCCCUCCCACAACAGGCGGUGGGGCAGGCGGUGGGGCAGGUGCGAACAGUGCAGUGGUACGUGGCAGAGGACAGGGAGGAGUGGUACUUGCUUGCGAGCCCCGACACUCAUUCCACCGUUUGCCCACCCAAACAAACAACCUCCCUGCACCACCCACAGGCGGUGGGGCAGGUGCGAACAGUGCAGUCAUACGUGGCAGAGGACAGGACAGUGGAGGCGUAUGGCCGGGCUUUAAGAGACACGUUCAAGCUGGGAGUCAAGGGAGGAUUAACCAAGGGAGUGGGUCUAGGCGCCAUAUACGCGCUCAUGUUCGCGUCCUUCGCCCUCAUGUUCUGGUUCUCCGGCCUCCUCAUCUCCCGCAGCAUCGGCAACGGCGGCUCAAUCCUCACCACCAUGUUCGCCAUCGCACUCGGCAGCUUGGGGCUGGGCCAAGCCCUCCCUAAUGUCACCGCCUUCGCCAAGGGCCGCGUGGCUGCUUAUAAGAUCUUUGUGACUAUAGCGAGACGGCCCGCGAUUGGCGGAGAGGAGGAGGGGGAGGCGGGGAGCGGUGGGAAGGAGUUGGAUGCGGUGGAGGGGCGGGUGGAGUUUGAGAAGGUGUGCUUUGCGUAUCCCGCUCGGCCUGAAGUGCCAAUAUUUAAGGACUUCUCCCUCGCAAUCCCUGCCGGCACCACGGUCGCCCUGGUCGGCCCAUCGGGCAGCGGCAAGUCAACCGUCGUGGCGCUCAUCCAGCGCUUCUACGACCCGACAGCUGGCGCCGUCUUAUUGGACGGCGCGGAUCUGCGCCAGCUCAGCCUGACGUGGCUGCGCUCCCAGCUGGGGCUCGUCAGCCAGGAGCCGUCCCUGUUUGCCACCAGCAUUCUGGAGAACAUCCGGUACGGCAAGGAGGAUGCGACACAGGAGGAGGUGGAGCAAGCAGCAAGGAUCGCCAACGCGCACUCAUUUGUGACCGCACUGCCGCAUGGGUACAACACGCAGGUGGGAGAGAGGUGCGUGCAGCUGUCCAGAGGGCAGAAGCAGCACAUUGCCAUCACCCCAGAGCAGUCAUUUGCAAAUCCUCAUCAUCUUUCCUCUUGCCCUUGCCGCCAUGCGACAAUGCACACACAGGCCACGUCAGCACUGGACAGCGAAUCAGAGCGCGUGGUGCAGGCGGCCCUGGACGGCGGGCUGAUGCGCGGCAGAUCAACGGUCGUGAUCGCACACCGGCUGUCCACGAUCCGGAAUGCAGACAAGAUUGCUGUGGUGGCAGGGGGGAGGGUGGUAGAGCAGGGAACACAUGAAGAGCUUAUGGCGCAUGGGGGGGGGUUUGGGCCAAUUAUUCAGGCGCCUAAAAAAUCAGCAGGGGGGAGAGUGGUAGAGCAGGGGACGGAUGAAGAGCUUAUGACGCAUGGGGGGGGGUUUGGGCCAAUUAUUCAGGCGCCUAAAAAAUCAGCAGGGGGGAGAGUGGUAGAGCAGGGGACGGAUGAAGAGCUUAUGACGCAUGGGGGGGGGGUUGGGCCAAUUAUUCAGGCGCCUAAAAAAUCAGCAGGGGGGAGAGUGGUAGAGCAGGGGACGGAUGAAGAGCUUAUGACGCAUGGGGGGGGGUUUGGGCCAAUUAUUCAGGCGCCUAAAAAAUCAGCAGGGGGGAGAGUGGUAGAGCAGGGGACGGAUGAAGAGCUUAUGACGCAUGGGGGGGUGGGGGAGGGGGAAGGAGGAGGGGAGGAUGAUGAGGGGAGGGGUGUGGUUAGUGCAAAGGAAGGUGCGAGGAAAGAGGGGGGCGUGUAUGCUAACUUGGUACGCCUGCAGAUGGUAUCAGGGGAGGGUGCACACGGGAGUUCUCUUGCAUUGACCAAUCAGGGCUCAGCAUUGCAAGUAGCCGGACGUCUUGCAGCUGACGUGGACCAAUCAGGAGCAGAGGCUGACGUGGGAAGGAAGAUCUUGAAGGCGCUCAGCUCCCUCUCAGAAUCCUCCCUGCCACGUGGCCACAGUGGGAUUGGCGCUGACGUGGACCCUGCUGACGUGGACCCAGGGGAGAUAGACGAGGAGGAGGAAGAGGAGGGAGGGGAAGGGGGGGGAGGGAAGCAAGUGUGGGGAGAACUGAGGAAGGUCCUACCUGCGCCCCUCAGGGCGUUACUCCCAGGCGGCAAGAAGAGAGGAGAGGGCAAGGGGGAGAACGAAUCGACUCAACAGUCGCCUCAGAAGGUGUCGUGGUGGCGUAAAGCGCGCAUGAGUGCUCCCGAAUGGCCGUUCACUGCUCUGGGUGCUGCUGGUGCUGUGAUGGCAGGGGCGUUCAACCCCGUGUAUGCACUGCUGCUCAUUGAUGUCAUAUCAGCUCUUUACAACCCUGAUACUGAAGAGAUGAGGAGGCAGGUCAACAAGUGGGCCAUAGUCUUCACGGCUCUCGGCGUGCUGGCGCUGCCGGUGCACUCAGUUCAGAAUUAUGGCUUCGGGGUGUCAGGGGAGGUGCUGGUGAAGCGAGUCAGAGAGAAGAUGCUGACAGCUAUCCUGGGCAACGAGGUCGCGUGGUUCGAUCGCGAUGCCAACACCAGUGGAGCCAUCGCCGCUCGCCUCGCCACAGACGCCACGCUCGUCAAGGCUGCCGUGGCGGACCGCAUAGCUCUCGCCACGCAGAACCUCUCGGUGAUCGUCAUCGCGUUUGUGAUCGGGUUCGUGGUGGAGUGGCGGGUGGCUCUCGUGGUGAUUGCAACGUUCCCUCUGCUGAUUUUUGCAGCACUUAUGGAGCAACAAUUCCUGGCAGGGUUCGCAGGCAACCAGAGCGCAUCACACGCCGGCGCCACCACCAUAGCAGCUGAGGCAGUCGCCAACAUCCGCACUGUAGCAGCAUUCAACGCACAGGACAAAAUCCUCGCACUGUUCACCGCCAGGCUGGCAGGCCCGCUCAGGCGCUCAUUCCUUCGUGGGCAGAUUGGCGGGGCAGGUUUCGGCCUGAGCCAAUUUUUCAUGUAUGGGUCGUAUGCGUUAGCACUAUGGUAUGGGUCAACCCUGAUUCCUGAUACCGCAUCAUAUGGCGAUGUGCUUAAGUCAUUUAUGGUGCUGAUAAUGACUUCGAUGGCUAUAGCGGAAAGCAUUACUUUCGCUCCGGAUAUUGCCAAGGGGAGCGUGGCCGUUCGAUCGGUGUUCAAGACCACCGAUCGGACGCCCAAGAUUCUUUCAGACGAUCCGACGGCUGAGGUGGUUUCGACUGUUCGCGGGGAGAUUGAAUUCCGGUCGGUUUCGUUCGCUUACCCAACCCGCCCGGAAACGCCCGUGCUGCAAGACUUUUCUCUCCGGGCAGCACCGGGGAAGAUGCUGGCGCUGGUGGGCCCGUCGGGCAGCGGAAAAAGUUCCGUGGUGGCCCUGGUGGAGCGGUUCUACGAUCCGACGGCUGGGAGUGUGCGGGUGGAUGGGGAGGACAUCCGGUCCGUUCAUCUGAAGGCUCUGCGAUCGUUCAUCGGGCUAGUCAGCCAGGAACCCGCCCUCUUUGCCACCACCAUCCGCAGUAACAUCCUGUAUGGCCAGCCAGGCGCAAGCGAGGCCGAGGUGGUGGAAGCAGCGCGGGCAGCCAACGUGCAUGGGUUUAUCAGUGGCCUGCCCGAGGGAUACGACACACAGGUGGGAGAGAGAGGCGUGCAGCUGUCAGGAGGGCAGAAGCAGCGCAUCGCCAUCGCCAGAGCCAUCCUGAAAGACCCGGCGGUGCUGCUGCUGGAUGACGCCACGUCAGCGCUGGAUGCAGAGUCUGAGGUGGCGGUCCAGUCAGCGCUGAACCGCAUCAUGAUUGGCCGCACCACGAUUGUCGUGGCCCACCGCCUCUCCACCAUCUGCCACGCCAACUGCAUUGCAGUGCUGCAGGUGAGAGGAGUGGAGGGUGGAGGGGGGUGUGAGGGAAGGGAAAUGCUGGGGUUGGGGAUGGGGGGCGGGUGGCAUGGUUGUGCUGGGCUGAGUAGCAGAGUAGCGGGGUGA